GUUUCUCCGGUGGUCCCAAGCCCGGGAAAAUCAACUGCAAAGCUUUAAUACCCACUUUAUCUCUACCCUGUAUAGAGAAACCUGCAGAAGAUAAGCUACAAAAUUCAACAGCUAAAAAAAGCAAUGGCCGAGCCUAGGGUUUUGUGGAAUUUGUGUAUAAAUACGGUGAAAACCAGAGAUGGGUUCGGGUUGAGGAGUCGACGGCAACAACUUACAGUGACUUGGUAUUCUAGGCAGUGAAAAGGUCAAGAUCAUGGCGCGCAGCCUUCAGGAUUCUGUUCAUCUCGCCGCCAAGGGCGGUGGCCUUUUGAUGCUCUGCCUGCUUCUCCUUUUUGCCUUAACAAUUGUAUCAGUUAUCCUCUUCAUGUGCGCAGAUGGAGGAACUGAAGAGAGAAAGAAGAAGAAAAAGAAUAAAGAGAAAAGGGGGAGCACAUACGGUUGUGGCUCUGCCAGGGGAGUUGCUGUUGUCGGUGGCAUUGGGAAUGGCGGUGGCGCUGUCUGUGGAGGUGGCGGUGGAUGCUGUGGUGGUGGCGGCGGCGGCGGCUGUGGUGGUGGAUGUGGUGGCGGCGGUGGCUGUUCAUGAAUGUUAAGGGACCUGGUCCAAUAUGCGAAAGGUGAUUUUGAAGCUGAAAAAUAAACUUGAUCAAUGGUCGAGGCUGGGUCCAUGAUGUCCAGCCCAAGUCCAAUUAUUGUAAAAGGUGAUCUAUGUUUUUUAUGGAAAUAUAUUUUUAUUAAUUGU